CUCUCUAUUUUGGGAGGGAGAGGCGAAAUUAAAAGGACGGCGAGGGGUUGGGGUUUCUCAACUCCUCUCUCCCGUUUCUUGUUAUUGCUCUUGGCGAUUCAUCCUGGGCAUCGCCACCACGCUCGCCGUCGGUUCGUAAGCAAAAAUUAGGAAGACAAUUAUCACGGAAUGCUGAAAGAUGUGCUUGCACACAAGAACCUUUUCUAAGGUUAAUUACCAUGGUGUUGCUCCGGAUAAGCUACCAUUGUUCGUCUUUGAGGAUGCUACAGUAGACAUUCAUUUCCAAUCCAUGCUAGAUACACAGUCACAUAGUGGGUCUAUAAUUGUUCCGGUGGCUUUGAUGUCUUAUGACCUUGUGGAAGAUGGUUGAGCUCAGCUUUGCUGGAUAUUGAAUUCCGUAAUAGUAUAUUACACUCUAGCAGGGGGGUUUAAGACAAUUUUUUCCCCAGUGUCCUUGCUAUAUUAGAGAUGGAAAUGGAAAGUAAAGGAAGUGUGUUGAUGCAGAAGUAUGAGUUUGGGAGAUUCCUAGGCAAAGGAACUUUUGCUAAAGUUUACUAUGCUAGGAAUUUGAAAACUUCCCAGGGCGUGGCUGUAAAAGUGAUCGACAAAGAGAAGGUCAUGAAGAUAGGGCUUACUGAUCAGAUAAAGCGAGAGAUUGCUGUGAUGAGAUUGGUGAGUCACCCAAAUGUUGUGCAGCUUUAUGAGGUAAUGGCCACAAAAUCUAAGAUAUACUUUAUCCUGGAAUAUGUAAAAGGUGGUGAGCUAUUUAACAAGAUUGCGAAAGGUAGGCUCAAAGAAAAUGUUGCACGGAAAUAUUUUCAGCAGCUGAUCAGUGUCGUGGAUUUCUGCCACAGCAAAGGCGUCUAUCACCGCGAUUUGAAACUUGAAAACCUUCUUAUUGAUGAAAAUGGAAAUUUGAAGGUUUCAGAUUUUGGCUUGAGUGCUCUUGCAGAGUCCAAAAGGCAGGAUGGUUUGCUCCACACAGCAUGUGGUACUCCAGCAUAUGUUGCUCCUGAGGUGAUCAGCAGAAAAGGAUAUGAUGGUGCAAAAGCUGAUAUCUGGUCUUGCGGCGUGAUUUUGUUUGUUCUCAUGGCUGGUUAUCUCCCUUUCCUUGAUUCAAAUCUGAUGGAGAUGUAUAGGAAAAUUGUAAAAGCCGACUUCAAAUGCAUGGGUUUGUUCCCAUUGGAUGUUAGAAGACUGCUUGUGCGAAUUCUAGACCCAAAUCCUAAUACUAGAAUGGUGAUUGCAAAAAUUAUGGAAAAUUCUUGGUUCAGAAAGGGACUUGAUGGAAAAUUAUUGAACGAUAAGAAGGCAACACAGGAAAUUGAUCCUUCUGAUGAUGUUGAUGAAGUGUUUGAUUCCUGCGGUAGCAACGGUGUUGAGGCAAAAGAGGAGAUGGGAAAGCUUGCUAAUUUAAAUGCUUUUGACAUCAUCUCUCAUUCGGCAGGAUUUGAUCUUUCAGGUUUAUUUGAGGAGACCGAUCACAGGAGAGAGGUAAGAUUCGCGUCUGACCAGCCAGCUUCUUCAAUAAUCUCAAAACUGGAGGAAAUAGCCAAGCGCCUGAAGCUAAAAGUGAAGAAAAAGGAUUACGGGGUACUAAGAAUGGAAGGAUCAAAGGUUGGACGAAGGGGGGUUUUGGGCAUUGAUGCUGAGAUUUUUGAGAUUGCUCCAAAAUUUCAUAUCGUGGAGAUGAAGAAGACCCAAGGGGAUGCCUUGGAAUACGAGGAGAUGUGGACGCAGGACAUAAGACCGGCCCUUAAACAUAUUGUUUGGACAUGGCAAUGCGACCAGCAGCAACAGAAUCUGUGACCUUGCUAACAAAGUUUAAGUUUGUUCUGAUGCUUUUUGGUUAAGUGGUUCGCAGAUUGGCGUUUGGUUUUGUUUGCUAUCUCUGUCUAGGUUUCUUGUUGUGCUGUCAUGUAGCUCUAUGUUGUCAACAUGUCGGUAAUGCAUGCUUCAUCGAUAAAUUAUGUCUUGUACGGUGGACCUUAGAAUAGAUGUGUGAGUGGGAUGCUAUGUCUAGGAAAAAUUCAGUGAGAAGUCAUUCAUGGAAGGUUGUCUCUCAGAUAAGGGCAUAUUUGAAGUGUGAUGAUGAGAAGGAUGCAAAAAUUAGUGAUUAGAUUGUUUUCUGUAGUCGAUUUUAGUCGUUUUGGUUAUAGGUUAGCUAUUCAGAACAAGCUUAAACGUCAUUUCUGCUGCCAAAAUGUUGGUAUGCUCCUGUGAGGAGCUAAAUGUUAGGAAGAAAAUGAGGAGGAGAUACAUACGGUAGGCAUUCAUUCGGUUGGUGUUUGGUUUACAGGGUUUGAAUCUCUUGAGAAGUGGUGGAAGAUUUGAUGGGCAUGGCCCUCUCGUUUUGGACUGACUAAUCGGUAGCGUAGCCU